GAGGUAGUGAGAAUGAGAGUGAAUGCUUUUCUCUGCUCGAGUCUAUUUCAUGUCGGGAGCUGUUGAUUCAUUAAAGUAGAAAAAAGCUGUCUGAGCUCUGUUUUAAUUUGGCCUCUGCUUUUCCGGCGACAAGUUAGUUCCCUUUCGAUCCUCUCAAACAUUUCUCUCUGUUCACAAAAAUAAGAGAAACAAACACAACCCAACUUUGCUAGAACGUUAACCCCAAAAGCUUCAAGGAAACACAAAGUCGUCCUCGUUUUGGGGUCGUUUUGUUUUUCAUUUCUGUUUUGGUUCAUUCAUUACAAGCCCAGUUUCCAGUUCUGUCGUUGUCUUUGGCUGUUGGGUGUUGGAAAUGGAAUAUGUGCGAUUCUCACUUUGCUGAUUCAGCUCAAAGUUUCGGUUUUUAUGGUCUCUUCUCUUGUUUAACAUACCAACAUCAUUGAUAUUGAGAUUGUCAGGUUUGAAAUGCAAUGAUUGGUUUCUUCAAGUUGGAGAAGUUUGAGUUUUUGGAGGCAAAGUCGGUUUCUUGUUGCAUUUUUGGGAUUGGUGAAGGGCCUGAGUUCAAUGUGAACUUGAGAAAAGAUUGUAUUGAGCAUCAAGGUGGUUUUUUUUAAAGGCCUUUGCUGUGAAGAAGUAGUACUGUAAUUACUGGGGAUUAAUUGGCUUCAGCUAGAUUCGUAUUUGGUUGUAUCUUGGUGGAGCAGACCAGAAAUCUAAAUUUCUCUGAGGCAUAUUGUUCUAGUGUUAACCAUGAAGGCCCCCACAAAUGGUUUUUUGGCAACUUCAGUUGAAGCAGGAGAGCAAAAGAAUAUCAAUUCAGAGUUAUGGCAUGCUUGUGCUGGGCCAUUGGUUUCUUUGCCUCCAGUUGGAAGUCUUGUGGUUUAUUUCCCUCAAGGCCAUAGUGAGCAAGUUGCCGCAUCAAUGCAAAAGGAGACGGAUUUCAUACCUAAUUACCCAAACCUUCCUUCGAAAUUGAUAUGCAUGCUUCACAGUGUCACAUUACAUGCUGAUACAGAAACAGAUGAGGUGUAUGCACAGAUGACUCUCCAACCAGUAAACAAAUAUGAUAAGGAAGCAAUACUAGCGUCUGACAUGGGCCUCAAGCAAAGCAGGCAACCUUCUGAGUUUUUCUGCAAAACUCUUACAGCUAGUGACACAAGUACGCAUGGUGGAUUUUCUGUACCUCGUCGUGCAGCUGAGAAGAUCUUUCCACCUCUAGAUUUUUCAAUGCAACCACCAGCGCAGGAGCUUGUAGCAAAAGAUUUGCAUGAUAGUGCAUGGACAUUCAGACAUAUUUAUCGCGGCCAGCCAAAGAGGCACCUUCUGACUACUGGUUGGAGUGUUUUUGUGAGCACAAAAAGACUCUUUGCUGGAGAUGCUGUUCUUUUUAUAAGAGAUGAAAAGUCUCAGCUUCUCUUGGGUAUAAGGCGUGCUAAUAGGCAGCAACCAGCUCUCUCUUCAUCAGUCAUUUCCAGCGAUAGCAUGCACAUUGGAAUUCUUGCAGCUGCAGCUCAUGCUGCUGCAAAUAACACUCCAUUUACCAUAUUCUACAACCCGAGGGCCAGCCCAUCUGAGUUUGUGGUACCUUUAGCCAAGUAUAAUAAGGCUAUGUAUACCCAAGUCUCACUUGGCAUGCGAUUUAGAAUGAUGUUUGAGACUGAAGAGUCAGGAGUUCGCAGAUACAUGGGUACAAUCACAGGCAUUAGUGAGUUGGAUGCUGUUCGUUGGAAAAAUUCUCAAUGGCGCAAUCUUCAGGUUGGUUGGGAUGAAUCAACAGCUGGUGAUCGGCCGAGCCGAGUUUCAAUUUGGGAAAUUGAGCCUGUUGUAACUCCAUUCUACAUCUGCCCACCACCAUUCUUUAGACCCAAGUUUCCCAAACAACCAGGGAUGCCAGAUGAUGAAUCUGACAUAGAGAAUGCUUUCAAGAGAGCCAUGCCAUGGCUUGGAGAUGAGUUUGGCAUGAAAAAUUCCCAAAGCUCGAUUUUCCCUGGUUUGAGUUUAGUGCAGUGGAUGAAUAUGCAACAGAAUAAUCAGUUUUCAGCCGCUCAGUCAGGAUUUUUCCCGUCCAUGGUUCCCUCAACUACUCUGCAUAAUGGUGCUGAUGAUCCAUCCAAGUUGCUGAAUUUUAAAGCUCCUGGUCUUACUGCACCGAGCCAGUUAAAUAAAGUAGCUCCACAAAAUCAAGUUGGUCAAGUGCAACAGCCAACUGUGACAUGGCCCCAACAGCAGCAGCUGCAACAUCUAAUGCAGAAUCCUAUGAACCAUCAGCAGCAAAAUCACUCACAACAGCAACAGAUACAACAAUUGAUGCAUACUCCUCUGAACCAACAGCAGCAAAACCAUCCCCAACAGCAGCUGCAGCAAUUAAUGCAGACUCCUGCAAACCAACAGCUGCAAAAUUACUCUCAGCAGCAACAACAACAGCAACGGGAGCAACAGCUACAUCAAGACCCUCAAGGCCAUCAACAGCUGCAGCAACUUCAUCAGCUACAUCAGCAGCAAGCACAAAGGCAACAGCAGCAGCAGCAGCAGCAACAAUUGGGCCAACCAACUCUUGUAAGUAAUGGUCUCGUUACUCAAAACCAAAUCCCAAGCCAAAAUUCGCAGCAACCAAUGAUGUUCACUCAGCUUCAGCAACAACAUUCACUAACAAGCAGUACCCAAUCCCAACAAACAGUCCACACUCCUGAUAAGAAUUCAUUUCAGUUGGCAGCCGGUACACAAGACUCACAAAUUCAGCAACAAUUGGAACCACAACCAAGCCUAUUACAAAGGCAGCAGCAGGCACAGUUGCAAGAGUCCCCAUUGCAGUUGUUGCAACAGUCACAGAAAGCUCAGCAGCAGCCACAAGUACAACCAUCACCACAACGGGGCUUGUCUGAGCAACAACUUAACUUAAAGUUGCUUCAGAAAUUGCAGCAGCAGCAGCAGCAACAAUUAUUCUCUCCAUCAAGCCUACUUUUGCAGCCGCAAAUGCUGCAGCAGCAGUUAGCCCAUCAACAGAACCAGCAAUUACAACAGUUGCAGUUGCCUCUGUCCCAUCAUCAUCAGCAACAGUUAAGCACUAACGGCUUCGCAGCAGACAAACUUAUCAACAGCAACAACUUCUCUGCUUCAACACUGAUGCAGCCCCAGCAUGUUUCAUCUAUCCAACAACAGAACCAGCAGGAGCAAGUUACAGCAAUCAGAAGCCAUUCCAAUCUUACAGAAGGGGAUGGUCCAUCAUGUUCAACGUCCCCUUCUACAAAUAACUGCCAGGUGUCCUCAUCAAACCUACUGAACAGGAAUCAGCAAGGAACAGCCAUGUUGAUAACGGAUCCAGUGGCGGAGCCUUCUAGUAACUUGAUUCAUGACUUUCAAAGCAAGUCUGAUAUCCGAAUCAAACAUGAGUUGCCCAUCUCAAAAGGACCAGACCAAGUUAAAUAUAAAGGCACAAUCACUGAUCAGUUGGAACCUUCCUCUUCUGGAACUUCAUACUGUUUGGAUGCUAGCACAAUGCAGCAGAACUAUGCACUCCCGUCCUUCUGUUUAGAUGGUGAUGUUCAAUCACAUCCUCGGAACAGUCUACCAUUCUCAGCUAAUGUUGAAGGAUUGGCUCCUGACACUUUGUUGUCAAGAGGAUAUGACUCUCAGAAAGAUCUUCAGAACUUACUGGCUAAUUAUGGUGGGACUCCAAGAGAUAUUGAGACAGAAUUAUCUACUGCUGCAAUCAGCUCUCAAUCAUUUGGGGCACCAAACAUGUCAUUUAAGCCAGGGUGUUCUAGUGAUGUUGCUCUAAAUGAUGCUGCAGUUCUAAAUAACGGUUUGUGGGGAUCACAGGCCCAACGUAUGAGAACUUAUACAAAGGUUCAAAAGCGUGGAUCAGUAGGAAGAUGUAUUGAUGUUACCCGGUAUAAGGGCUAUGAUGAGCUCAGGCAUGAUCUAGCCCGCAUGUUUGGGAUUGAAGGGCAACUAGAAGAUCCACACAGAACUGACUGGAAGCUUGUUUACGUGGAUCACGAAAAUGACAUACUUCUUGUUGGUGAUGAUCCAUGGGAGGAGUUUGUGAGUUGUGUUCAGAGCAUAAAGAUAUUGUCAUCAGUUGAGGUGCAACAAAUGAGCUUGGAUGGGGAUCUGGGAAAUGUUCCAGUCCCCAACCAAGUUUGCAGUGGAACUGACAGUGGAAAUGCAUGGAGAGCGCCGUAUGACGAUAACUCUGCAGCCUCAUUCAAUCGAUAAAGGUUCCGAUAUUCAGAUGAUCAAGUCUUCAACAUCAAAUCCCAUCAAGAAUUAGCUGCAACCGAUUUGAAUAUAAUUUCUCCCAUGAAAACAUACAGCAAUACCGCAAAAGCUUCCUGAAUCCGUGGAGGGAUAGAAUUGCUCCUCAACCAGUAUAGAAGAUACUGGUUCUAGGAUAACCUUUAGCUUACUCGCAUGCUCGACUCUUUGUUCUUGCAUAAGAUGUUGAUCAUGACGGUGGACCAGCUGAUAUCUUGUACGGUACAGCCUGGGUAAAAUGAUGUAUAAUCUCAUCCUUUUCGUCUAUGAGGCAGAUUGAAUUCCUUACUAAUUUGUAAAUUCUAUAGAGGAACCAAGGAACUGAAUAUAGUUUGAGUUUUGACU